UUCUGAAGUAAGUCCUGAGUGGUUUCGUUGAAACUUAGAAAAUAGGUGCAGGAGCAGGGCCUUCAAGCCAGCACGGCCAUUCAAUAUGAUCAUGGCUGAUCAUCCAAAACCAGUACCCAGUUUCUGCUUUCGCCCCAUAUCCCUUGAUUCCAUUAGCCCUUAGAGCUAAAUCCAACUCUCUCCAGUGAAUUGGCCUCCACUGCCUUCUGUGGCAGAGAAUAGGGCCCUUGCACGGCAGGCGAGGUCAGGACACAUAACCCGUACUGUUGCCACGCAACGCCUUCUGGAGUACAAGCGGUGAACUUCAGGACAAAGCCAUGCGCAUUUGUGCAAUUUUAGGCUGUGGGAACAGCACGUAUCACCUGAAUAGGUGGAUGCAGAAUGUGUGUGAGAGCCACAACUGUAAAUUUUCAACGGGAAACUGUUUCUGCCCACCUCCCUUCAAACUCUACCCAUUUCCGACAGAGAAGAGGGAUGGAGCAGCCCGGUUGCGUUGGACCAAACUGGUCAACCGAAAGGAUGUGAAAGGCAAGAAUUGGCAGCCUGACCCCAAAGACAACAGCCGCGUGUGCUCUAAGCACUUUGUGGACGGCGAGCCAACAACGCUCAAUCCAGACCCGGUCCUGAAUCUUGGUUAUUUGUUAUCGAACUCCCCAAAGUUCCCACAUGCACUCCCUUACAGAGAUGGAAAACCUUCAAAUAAAAGGAGAAAGUCGGGGAGAGCAACGCAAACCAAGGUUGACCAACAUGUUGACAAUGGACCAGACAACAAGUGUUUACGAGCUUUUGCUGUAGAUCAUGCUUAUGUAUACAAAUGCAGCUGUCAAGAGUACUGUAAUUGCAUGGGAUGCAUCCAAAAACAGAAGGACAUAAACAAACUGACCGACAAAGUUGAAAUGUUGGAAGGCAAGGUAGAAGAUUUGAAACUAAAACUGAAGAAUUUUGCAGCUAAAAAGCGUUCUUGUAGCAAUAUCAAGAAUGACAAAAAUGUGAGAAGAUUGACAGGUCUUUCUUCGAAGGAAGACUUAGACAACCUAUGCGAGUAUGUGUUGCAUAAAGCAAUGAAAAUGCGAUAUUGGGAAGGGAAGAAAAAAGUACCAAGAACAUUUAAACAAUCGCAUAAGAAGUCUGGACCCAGAUCAAAACUCAGCAUCAAGGAUGAAAUGGUACUCGAAUAAAGAAAAUGGAAUAGAACUAAAUCAGGAAUUAGGAGAACCAGAAAGGGCCCCGAAAAAAUCUUAAAGAGAACACCAAGAUAUUCUUUAUACUUCUCAAAGGACCUGAUUGAUUUAAUCUUUGUUUUUGGCUCAUCCAUCCCGUAAACCCAUUCUGCACCCUUUCCAAAGACUCCAUAUCCUUCCUGUAAUGGGGAGACCAGAACUGCACACAGUGCUCCAAAUGUAGCCCAAAUAAAGUUUUAUAAAUCUGAAA